GUGUGUGUGUGCGUGUGUGUGUUUGUUUUUACAUCGUUGUGUGGACCGCAGCAUGUUAGCACACUCACAGUGUGGGGACCAAAAUUUAUGUGGGGACCAAAACCUGGUCCCCACAAAAAUUACUUCAUUUUCAGUGUAAAGAAGCUCAAAGAAAUGUCCUGUCAAAUUUUCAGCAUGGACCCCAUUAUACCGGCAUUGGACAAAAUGUGUGUAAGUGUGCUUAGGGAGGAGUAACUCAGUACUGCCUACUAGGGGCAUGCGGUGGUAUUGCAGGAACACACACUUGUAGCUUUAGAACACACACUGCUCCCAACUGAGCAUGCUCAAAUAGCUGGCGGCCAUGAUGGCUAAUAUCUAGAUUAGCUGCUAACUAGCUAGCUAAUUAAUUGUAAAACAAAUUGACUAUAAUUGGAACUAGUUGGUGAUGUACAACUAUAUUAUUCACAAAGAAUUUUAGACGACACUGACUACAGUUUCAGAUAAACUAAUAUACAUUAUUUUUAUCGGUUUACACAAAAGUAGAGGUUAAGGAAUUAGCCAUGUACAUGAUAUGAUUUGCGAUUAGCUAAUAAGAUAACUGGUGGAACAGGACAAGUAGAUCUUCAUAUAUAAGAACUCCACAGAAAAAAGUCCACUUAUUCUGUAAAUGUAACACAGCCAUCUUGUUGUAAUCAAAACUAUUAAGUUAAAAAUAAAUAUCAGUAAUAGUCUCUAUGAAAUGCUAGCUAAUACUUAUCGGACGGAAAAUAAUCACAUGCAUUUGUGUAUGCUGACAUGCCUGGUGGGUGGAACUGGGGAGGCAAUACUAAAACAUUGUCACCACCCAUGCAAGAUGCGCUCACUAUUCAAACAAGUAUCCCUAAAAAGUGUUAGCAUAGGACGAAGAGAACUGAUUAGUAAGAAGCACAUGGUGAAGAAAGAAGCCUCAAACAGACGUGCAACAGGGAUAUUACUGUAACGGUAAGUCAAGCCUACAGAUAUAACCAAGUUAAGUCAACAUUAAAACCAAUAUGAUGUUUCUAAAACGCUAGUUGUUUAUUUUCUUUAUUAUUUUAGUCCUUUUGGCUAGCUAGCUAGCUAACUAGCUAGGAAUGGCAUGCUAGCAAUGUGCCCAACUAAGUUACCUUUAAUUUAUUACUUCAUCCAAGCAUCAUGUACUUGAUUUAAAACACCAGUUAGGAUUCUUUUAUUAAUAAAAAACGAACUGUAAUUAAUAUCACACAGUUGACAUAGGCCUAUUAGUUGAGAUUUUUAUUGUUAUUUAGCUAAGUAUACUGUAAUUUAGAUUGAAUUGAAGCUACAUUAGAUAAUGCGGUUAAUUUUUUAGGUACCUGUAUGACUGUUCUUAGGUUUAAAACUAGCUAACUAACUUACUAUAAAUCCUAUACUAGCUUGUAUGUGGUAACUGCAGCCUACACAGCAUUAAGUCAUAUUCCAUUGGUUACAUUUGUAUUUUGAAUGCAGGAAUAACAAUGGCCACAAUAAGACGAAGGAACACGCCAUUAAAAGAUGCUAUUGCACAUGCUACCAGGGCCAUUGACAAGGCAAGAGAGUUGGAGGUGAAAUAUAUUAACUCUUUUAAAGGUCGAGGCUUGUUUGCAAAGGUUCCUUACCAAAAGGGAGACUUCAUAGUUGAAUAUAGAGGAGAACUAAUCAGUUCACAAGAAUCUGAAAGGAGAAGGGGGAUUUACCAUAGUAAAUGCACUGUUUUUAUGUUUGACUUCUGCUGGAAAGAAAGAAUGUGGUGUAUUGAUGCAGCGCAAGAAGAUGACAGUCUUGGAAGACUAGUCAAUGAUGACCACAUCUAUCCAAACUGCAAAAUGAAGAGGGUCAUAGCAGAGGGCAAGCCACAUCUUUGUCUUUUUGCUCUGAGAGACAUUAAGGCUGGAGAAGAAAUAACGUAUGACUAUGGAGGAUCUGAUUGGCCUUGGAGAAAACAGGCUAAAGUGCAAGAAACUGCAUCUGAUACACUGUCAUCAGAGGAGGUUCCCCAGAGUCCUUCCCCCUCCAAGAUGCAGGCUAAAGUGCAAAAUACUGCAGCUGAUACACUGUCAUCAGAGGAGGUUCCUCAGAGCCCUUCGUUCUCCGAGAUGCAGGCUAAAACACAAGAAACUAGCGCUGAUACACUGUCAUCAGAAGAGGUUCCUCAGAGCCCUUCCCUCUCCGAGAUGCAGGCUAAAACACAAGAAACUAGCGCUGAUACACUGUCAUCAGAAGAGGUUCCUCAGAGCCCUUCCCUCUCCGAGAUGCAGGCUAAAACACAAGAAACUAGCGCUGAUACACUGUCAUCAGAGGAGGUUCCUCAGAGCCCUUUGUUCUCCGAGAUGCAGGCUAAAACACAAGAAACGGGCGCUGAUACACUGUCAUCAGAGGAGGUACCUCAGAGCCCUUCCCUCUCCCAUAUGCAGAGUUUACAAGAAGCAGGAGUCUUUCAUUCAAUGAAAACUAUAAAAUCAGAACCGCUUGUGAACUACACUGAUUCUGAUGAUGAGAGUCCAUCCAUAAGUCCUGACCAAUUGAAGUCAACAUGCCAGAUGACAAGACAACUAGAUUUGGAUGAGCACUUUGACUUUACAUCCGAUCCUAGUGGUGAGGAAUAUAUUCCUGGGACAAGUGAAGAGUCUUCUGAUAGUACAGACACAAGCAUAGCUCUCACGCCAGUUAAACAGGCAAAGAUAUUAAAACUUUGCAACCUAAAAAUGGAUGGUAACAAAGGUGAUUCACCAAAAAAUCUAAAUAAGUCCAUGAAGCAAAAGCACAACAGAGGGCGCCCACAAAAAAAAGGAAGCAACUUGGGUAGGAAACGUAAACUUCAUUCUUCAGACAGUCCUUCAACCAGUUGCUCAUCGAAAAGUAGAGGGGCAGACAAUCUAAACUCACUAAGUGAACUCAAGGACAGCCUACCUGUUUGUACCUCUUCCCCCUCUAAACAUGAAGUGAUUGAUGAUUCUGUCUUCAUACCUGGUGUAUGCAAGAAGGAAGAUGGGUCAAGAUUGUACAACAAAAAACAAUACUGUUUGUAUUGCAAGUCUGGAUAUAUAAAAAUGGCAAGGCAUUGGGAACGUGCUCAUCACAAUAAACCAGAUGUUGCACUGGCUUUGUCCUUCCCUAAAGGCUCCAAAGAAAGACGGCUACAUCUAGAGCAUGUAAGAAACAGAGGAAACUUUGCACACAAUGUUGAAGUAUUGAAUACUGGGACUGGAAAGCUUGUUUCUCGAAAACAACCAAAAAAGGACUGUUCAGGAAAAGAUUUCUUGCAUUGUGUAUAUUGUCAUGGCCUUUUCACCAAGAAAGUCCUGUGGCGACACAGGAAGAUCUGCAAGUUCAACACUGGUGUUGAACAAAAACUUGGUAAAACCCGUAUUCAGGCACUCUGUGCACUUGCUGUAAAACCGCCACCUGGUGUCAGAGAAGAGGUUUGGAAGUUGUUGAACAAGAUGGUCCAAGAUGAAGUAUAUCAUGCUGUUAAAGCUGACUCUAUGAUCAUGGAGUUUGGUGAGCAUCUUUGCAACAGAUUCGGACAUGAUGUUGCCAAACAUGAAUAUAUUCGCCAGAAAAUGAGAGAGCUCGGAAGGCUUCUAAUAUGCUCAAAGAAAAUCACUUCAUUGAAAACAAUUCAAGAACACGUCAAGCCCUCAAAUUUCAUGCAUGUCAUUAGGUCAGUAAAACAUCUAGCGGGUCAUGAUGGUGAAACCAAUACAUACAAGUGCCCAAGUCUUGCCCUCAAAAUUGGAUACACUUUAUCAAAAAUUUCAAUGCUUGUUGAAAGUCAAGCUAACGUACAGGGCAACAAGAGUGCAGCAAAAGAAGCUUGUGCUUUUCGACAAAUCUAUGAAAGCAGAUGGCAUGAAAUGAUAUCGGCUGCAUCCCUGAGAACAUUGCAGGAGUCUAAGUGGAAUUCUCCUCUUUUGCUCCCGUUUACAAAAGACGUCCAGACUCUCCAUUCUUAUUUAGAUCAGAAGCAAAAACAAUACUUGGAUGAGUUGUCCAAAGAAAGCUCCUCUCAGAUGUGGACACAGCUCACCAAGGUAACUCUGACGCAAGUCAUUCUGUUCAACCGGCGAAGAGCAGGGGAGGUGUCUCACAUGUCCUUAUCAGCAUAUUUGUGCAAAAAUCGAUCAAACCCUCAAGAAGAUAUGAAUGAGGCCCUCUCUGAUCUAGAGAAGAAGCUAUGUCAACAUUUCAGGAGAAUAGAAAUAAGAGGGAAAAGAGGAAGAAAAGUGCCUGUGCUUCUCACCCCAGCAAUGCAGACAACAAUAGAUCUGCUUGUCAGCAAGCGCAAAGAUUGUGGAGUUCUGCAGGAAAACCCUUACUUGUUUGCAAGACCAUGUGCAAUGACCUGUUACCGUGGGUCAGAUUGCCUUCGACAUUUUGCCAAGGUCUGUGGUGCAAAAACACCAGAAACUCUCACUUCUACAAAACUGCGUAAACAAACAGCAACCCUAUCUCAAGUUCUAAACCUCAGCAAUACAGAACUAGAUCAGUUAGCUGGUUUUCUUGGACAUGACAUACGAAUACACAGGCAGUUCUACAGACUUCCUGAGGGCACCCUCCAGCUUGCCAAAAUUAGCAAAGUCCUUUUGGCUCUGGAACAGGGACGCAUGACAGAAUUCAAGGGCAAAAGCCUUGAUGACAUCAUCAUUAAUCCAGAGGAAAAUGCACACGAGGACAGUGACAAUGAGGCAGCAAGUGAGUCAGAGCCACAAGAGAAUGUGGAUGAGGACAAUGACAGUGGAGCAGCAUGUGGGUCAGGGUCACAAGAGAGUGUGGAUGUACUUGACGACAGCAUCAAUGGGGCAGCAUGUAAGUCACAAGAGUGUCUGGUUAAAUGUAAUCAGACUGAAGAUGGCAAGGCUACACUGACGGAUGUUAGUGAUUCAGCACCACAUCAAAGUUUCAUGGCUACAACAUAUAAGUCACCAAAACAAAUAGGUCGCCAAGUUUUCAAAAGAAGGAAAUGGGAGAAUGAAGAGGUACAAGCUGUUGAAAGACAUCUGAUGCACUUCAUUACCUCAUGCCGUGUUCCAGGAAAACUUGAAAUUGAUAAGUGUCUUGGGGUUGAAAAUGUGGCGCUGAAAGACAGGGACUGGUUGUCCAUAAAGUUUUAUGUCAAGAACCGUAUAACAGCUUUGAAAAGAAAGGCCUUUGAAACUGGCCUCUGAAACACAGUUCAAUAGUAACUGUUCAAUUGUUUGUCUAAAGCAGCGUUUUUGUUUACAAUGCUGUAACUGAAUAAUUCUUAUAUUUGAAUGACUACCUUUUUUGUUCAUAUUUUUAUAAACAAAUCUUCUAUAUCAGAAUAUGAAUCUGAUCUUUUUUUUUUUUUUACAGAAGUUCAAGGUAAAUACCAGUAACUAAUGUUCAAAUAAAAUUAUGUGGCUUACACAA